UCCUCUUUUUCUUCCUCUUUAUCUUCCUCGUCAAUUAAGGGAAAUGGAAAUUUGAACGAAUACUGAAGAUUCUGUUGGAAAUCAAUCCGAGCAAUUGACCUCUCCAAACUUACAGGAAUGAAUUAAUUGUUCUGCAAAUGUUCAGUGCGAGCAGCCGAUUAUUGCUAAUUAAAUGGAAAAUUUCCUUCAUUGAUGUAUCCCUAGUGGCUACUACGGAUUUGCUUGUCAUUGCAGUGUUUUUAACGACCUUUGUGUGUAUUGACUUAGACUUGUAUCUGCCCCUCCAAUUUGGAUGAGAUCGGUGACCUGUGUAUUGACUUUAUAAGCGCCGGAAGUAAUUUGUCUAAUAUUCCUCAUUUUUCUUUUCUUUUCUUUUUUUUUCAUCGGAGGAAACGUUUAACUGUCUCCAAACUUAGUCUUGAUUUUCUGAUUUCCUGUAUAUAUUGUUCUGUUCUUUGGUGGCAUUCUUUUUAGUGAUAUAGGUGACCUCUGAUGUAGGACAAUUGCAUGCUUUAAUCUUGUUGAACUUUGAACAAAAAAAAGGAAUAAAAGGUAUGCAACAACAGAAACCAAACUGCUAAUAUUGAUAAUAUUAUAACUCCAAUGUAGCACAAAAAUAUUAUGGAAAGGGGAAAAUUACUCGUUAGUAAAGGAAUACGGUCCAUGGUCUCAAUACACCUUUUACUAAGCAUGGAUUAAAGUGUUGAGUUGUGCAUGUAAACACAGGCCUAUUUUGGUACCGUGACUUACAACGAUGGUAAAUUUUUGAAAAGAGGUCUACAACGUCGUCCACUGGUAUGGCCUCAAGUGUGAAGAAAUAGACAGACUAGGGGAGAAGGGAUCAUGCACUCAGGAGUUUGUCAAAAUCUUUUAUUGUUAUCGUUCAGUGCCUCUUUUCUCUACCUCUUUAAUUCUCCGGUAUUCAGUAUAAUUUCCAUUUAUUUCAGGUCAAGCUGUUGUCUGGUCUCUGGAAACCUAAACUAAUUUGAGCGCAACACGCUGAAAAUAUGGCACCUGCAAGCAAGGCUGAUAAGAAGGCAGCAUUAGAUGCAGCGGCUUGGAUGUUCAAUGUUGUAUCAUCAGUUGGAAUUAUUAUUGUUAAUAAAGCCCUAAUGGCUACUUAUGGAUUCAGUUUUGCUACAACCUUAACGGGUCUUCAUUUUGCUACAACUACACUCAUGACACUUCUAUUUAGGUGGCUAGGAUAUAUUCAACCAUCUAGCCUGCCCUUAUCUGAACUUCUAAGAUUUGUUCUUUUUGCAAACUUGUCAAUUGUUGGCAUGAAUGUUAGUUUGAUGUGGAAUUCCGUCGGAUUUUAUCAGAUUGCGAAAUUGUGCAUAAUCCCAGUAUUAUGUCUUCUGGAAGUUGUGUUUGAUAAAAUUCGUUACUCUAGGGCUACAAAGCUCAGUAUAUUGGUGGUUCUUAUAGGUGUUGCCAUCUGUACGAUUACUGAUGUCAGUGUGAAUGGUAGAGGGAUGAUUGCUGCUACUAUAGCAGUUUGGAGUACUGCUUUACAACAAUAUUAUGUGCAUUUCCUUCAAAGGAAAUAUUCGCUCGGAUCUUUCAAUCUCCUGGGCCAUACUGCUCCAGCUCAAGCAGCAUCCUUGUUGGUAUUGGGGCCUUUUCUGGAUUAUUGGUUGACAGGAAAAAGGGUGGAUACAUUUGGUUAUAGUGUAACCACAGUUUUUUUCAUUAUCCUGUCAUGCACUAUUGCUAUUGGAACCAACCUCAGCCAAUUCAUUUGCAUAGGAAGGUUUACAGCAGUGUCAUUCCAAGUUCUUGGGCACAUGAAAACCAUCCUUGUCUUAAUUUUGGGAUUCUUCUUCUUUGGAAAAGAAGGCCUCAAUUUGCACGUAGUUUUUGGAAUGAUCUUAGCAGUUGUAGGUAUGAUCUGGUAUGGGAAUGCUUCGUCAAAACCAGGGGGAAAAGAGCGCCGAAGUUAUGCACUGCCCACUGACAGAUCACCAAAGCAUGGAUUGCUCUCAGAAACAGGAGGAAGGCACGACGACAAGAAUUAGCGUACAACCUUGAAUUAUUAUUUCAUCCAAUAUUCCUCCAACUGAAUGCAACACUAAAAGAGCAUUCUUUUCUUUAGUAAAAUUAUGUUUUGGCAUUUCUAGGUCUCCUUACUAAUUUAAUAUUCUGGAUGCAUUUACAAGUAUGGAUAUUUCUAGUGAGGGUUACAUUUUUUGUGA